UCCAGUUUGAGUAAAUAAGUGAAUCAUUUGGAUUUAUUAUCAAAGUGAAAAUAUUUUGUUAAUAUUAUUUUCAAUUUAAAUUUUCAAUCAAAAUGGAGAUUGCAUUACGUUUAGCUUCCUGGAUACUUUACACAUUGCUAAAAAUAUCAACACCAAUAUUUUGGAUAUUAAAUUGGAUUGAACCACCAAAAAUACCAGCAUCAAAUGAUCCAAUUCUCACGCAGAGUGCAGCUCAACUUGCUGAAAAAAUACGAAAUCGUCAGAUAACAAGUGAAUCUGUUGUUAAAUCAUUUAUCAAAAGAAUAAAACAAGUUAAUCCAUUGAUAAAUGCAGUUGUUGAUGAACGUUUUGAUGCAGCAUUAAAUGAGGCUAAAAAUUGUGAUAAAAUAUUAGAAACAGGUGAAUUAAGUGUUGAUGAAAUUGCAAAAAAUAAACCACUAUUUGGUGUUCCAUUUACUGUAAAAGAAAGCUGUGGUCUCAAAGGUAUGAGUUUUACUGGAUGUUCAGCAGUUAGAUAUGGAAUCAAAGCUAGUGAUGAUAGUUUUAUUGUUGAAAAAAUGAAAAAAGCUGGUGCAAUUGCACUUUGUGUUACAAAUACACCAGAAAUGUGUUCAGGUUUUGAAUCAACAAAUUUAAUUUAUGGAACAACUAAAAAUCCAUAUGAUGGAAGAUACUCUGCUGGUGGUUCUUCCGGUGGCGAGGGUGCACUAAUUGGUGCAGGAGCAUCACUAAUUGGAAUUGGUUCUGAUGUCGCCGGAUCUAUCAGAGUUCCAGCAUUAUUCAAUGGAGUUUUUGGUCACAAGCCAACACCUGGGAUAAUAUCUAUCAAAGGACACUAUCCAAUGUCGACAAAUUCAAUUUUUCAAAAAUUUUUAGUUCUUGGACCAAUGACAAGAUACGCUAAAGAUUUACAUUUAUCAAUGAAAAUAAUGACAUCAGAAUGCAAUGAAAAUUUAAUGCUAGAUGAUAAAAUUGAUUUUUCAAAUUUAAAAAUUUAUGUUGUUCCUGAGUGUGGUCGUGGUUUUGGAAUUAUUCCGACACAUAAAAAUAUUCAAAAUGUACUCAAUCGAGCUGCAGAUUAUUUAAAAAAAAAAGGAUCCAAAGUUUCUUAUCCAAUUAUUGAAAAUUUAGAUGAAGCUUCGGAAAUUGCACUCACCGAAUUUUUUGGUAUGCCUGAUGUUCCACCAAUAUUACUCAAACCAAAAAACUCUGAUGAUGAUGUGAAUUCAGGUUUAGAAUUUUUAAAAUCAUUAGUUGGUGCAUCACAAUAUUCAAAGUCAGCAAUUUUCAUGAGCAUCGUAAGAGACUUGAAUGGUUUAAUCAGAAUCUCAAAGGCAUCAAUGUACACAAAAAAAGGACAACGUUUGAAGGAAAAUUUAAAAAAAUUAUUGGGAAAUGAUGGAGUUUUAUUUUGUCCAACAUUUACCCAUUCAGCACCGUUAAUUGGUCAAACGGUAUUUUUAACAACAUCAGCAAUUUAUUGCAUGCUUUGCAAUUGUAUUGGUUUUCCCUCGACUCAUGUACCAAUGGGUCUUGAUGACAAUGGAAUGCCUAUUGGAUUUCAGGUAAUUGCUGCACCAAAUAAAGAUCGACUUUGUCUCGCUGUAGCUAUUGAGUUGGAAAAAGGAUUUGGUGGUUGGGUACCUCCUUCAACAAGUUAAUCGAAGUCUUAUCCUCUUUUAAAAAAUAAGUCUUCACUUGGCAAUGGAGUAUUCAAUUGAUAAAUAAAUAAAAUUAUCAAACAAAUAAAAUUUAAAUGUGAAAUUUUAUAUUUUUUAUUGCAGAUAAACAUGAUUUUUUAAU